UGCUGCCAGCCGUGUGCAUGUCACUGCGUUGCAGCAGGCAGACGGGCGCUGGGCAGCUGGGAUCAGUUCCAGGAGAGGAAGAUGACUGAAAGGAAGAGUGCAGGGCUAGAUCCUGGGGCAAAGCAGCACCGCUCCAGCCAAGUCCAGGCAUCCUGAAUCUCCCCUCCGGCAGCAUGACGGAGCACGAGGACUUUGCCAGCCUGGCCGGGUACUGGAACGCCUCGGACAGCUCUCAGUUCAGCCCCGCCAGCAUCAUCGUCCCCGUGGUCUUCUCCCUCAUCUUCCUCCUGGGCACGGUGGGCAACAGCUUGGUGCUGGCGGUGCUGCUGCGCAACGGCCAGAUGGGCCACAACACCACCAACCUCUUCAUCCUCAACCUCAGCCUGGCCGACUUCUUCUUCAUCAUCUUCUGCGUCCCCUUCCAGGCCACCAUCUACUCUCUGGAGGGCUGGGUCUUCGGCUCUUUCAUGUGCAAGGCCGUGCACUUCUUCAUCUACCUCACCAUGUACGCCAGCAGCUUCACGCUCGCGGCCGUCUCAGUGGACAGGUACCUGGCCAUCCGCUACCCACUGCGCUCCCGGGAACUGCGGACUCCCUGUAACGCGGUCGCCGCCAUGGCGGUGAUCUGGGGCCUCUCUGUGGUCUUCGCGGGUCCGUACCUGAGCUACUACGACCUGAUCGAGUGGGAGGCCAGCUACAUCUGCAUGCCCGGCUGGGAGGAGUGGAAGCGCAAGAUCAUAGACACCAGUACGUUUGUCUUUGGCUACGUGAUCCCCGUGCUGAUCAUCAGCCUCUCCUACACCAGGACCAUCAAGUACCUGUGGACGGCCGUGGACCCCCUGGAGGACAUGUCUGAGUCCAAGAAGGCCAAGCGGAAGGUGACCAAGAUGAUCAUCAUAGUGACCAUCCUCUUCUGCCUGUGCUGGCUGCCCUACCACGUGGUGAUCCUGCGCUACCUCUACGGGGACUUCCCCUUCAACCAGGCCACCUACGCCUUCCGGCUACUCUCUCACUGCAUGGCCUACGCCAACUCCUGCCUCAACCCCAUCGUCUACGCCCUGGUCUCCAAGCACUUCCGCAAGGGCUUCAAGAAGGUCUUCAGCUGCCUCCUGAGGAAGAAGGCCCGCAACAAGGUCCACGUGGUGCACGCUGCCCACACGGUGCCUGGCUUCGAGGCGGGCUCCACGGAGGUGUCCCAGAUGAACGAGGAGAACCACGGGCAGCAGAACGGGUGUGAGCUGGAUGCAGGAACCCUCAUGGUCCAGUCAGGCACCUCCAGGCCUCUUUGCAUCUCCUAGUAGUGAGGCUCUGUGCUCUUGGGCAGCUGCACCGUGUGGCCAGCGGCAGGGAGAGGCCUCUGCUCGCUGGAUGAUGGAGAGGACGUGAGGGACAGUCCCAGAGAGCCCCACGCCUACCCCCGGACUUCAGUUUCUCCUGGCAGGCCAUGGACCCAGCGGUGUCCGAGCACUGCUACGGAGUGUCCCAUGUGAGAAUGGGCCUGCCAGGGAAGGAACAGACCUGGGCUUACACCAGAGCCACGGCCCUGCUGGACUAAAGUUCCCUGCCUUUGUGAACGGAGCAGAGACUGGCAGCACCGGCCCAGCUCCUCUGAUUGCGCCCAGGUUGGCUGUCAGUGCUCUCUGCUCUCUGCUCCUUCGUUGCAGCCUCGCUCACUAAUGCCCGUCCCUGCCUUGCUCUGGCUGGGCAGCUCUGCUUUUUGCCUCAUUGACGUGGCUUCUUGUUCUGCCAGCAUUUCUUCCCAUCUCCUGCUCCUGACACAGUGUGGCUGGGGGCAGCUUCCCAGCCCCGUGCUCGUCCCCCUGCACUCAUGCGCUGGCAGGACCUCAGCAGCCUACGGGCAGAUGGUUGCUGGGACGACUGUGCCAGUUUAUUGAUUAGGCGAGGGGCCUCGCUCGGAGAGGAGAGCACAGAAACUCAGACCGUGCGCAUUUCCCACCACACCACUGACUCCACUGUCCCAGCCACGUGCUCGUCCCCCUGCACCCAUGACCGUGACCACGUGCUUGCCUUCAGACCCAUGAUCCUUGCCCACUUACUCCCCACCAGCCCUGCACAGCCAGCUCCUGCCCACAUGCCCCCCCCAAGGGUGUUGUUCACCCUGAAACACCUGCCACAAACUCUCCACCUGCCACGGGCCCAGCUCCAAGCAUGGGGAGAAUCCUCCCAGCGCAGCCUUUCUGUUUGAUCUGCCCACUUCCCCGGCGCAGCCUUCCUCGGUGCUUGUGCUCUGCAGUGCAGGCGGGGGCUCAG